CACGUAUCGAAAAGGUAAAUCAAGCGUCUAUACGACACAGAUAUCAACAUUUUCACCGACAACAUGGCACAACAACAGCCCCAGCAAGCACGGCCCUGGAACCCAGACUUCAAACACUCUGACAGAGAGAGGUGGAUAUGUAUUUACCCGGCGUACAUCAACAGUCGAAAAACUGUUACAGAAGGACGGAGACUUCCCAAAGACAGGUGUGUUGAGAAUCCCACUUACAAUGAGAUUAAGGACGUGUUACUGGCCUCGGGAUUCGGCAUCGGGAUUGAGAACAAGGUCUAUCCCAGAGAACUGGAUCACAGAGACCCAAAAGUCCGCGGACGGAUCCGAGUACAACUCCGCGACGAGAACGGCGGCUUCCUCAUGCCCGAGUACAAAACUAGGAGAGCAGUGCUUGAGGUCAUAUGUGACAAGAUUCCAAAACUGAAGACGCGGAUCCAGGCGGCGUCCUCUCAGCCCGCCCAGACACAGCAACAGACCUCUAGCAAGUCCAAGAAAGGACGCAAAGGGAAGUAACUAGGAAGAAACGGAGAGGGGCUCCAUAGGGGUAGUGUCUUGUAAUGAACCAAGGACUGUGUGGGAAUUGUUGGAAUGGUUGAAAUUCCAAAUCUAACUGGAUAAAGAGUUUUCUUGGAAAAGGAAGGACAGAAUUAUUGUGUUUGAAAAUCAAUGAACUAGAGAAAAAUGUUAUGGAGAACUUCAUGGAAAUGUAGAGAAAUGUGACUUUAUAUAUGAAUCAGUUUGUGUGUGUGAUGCAUGAAAGAGUUGUUUGUGAGACCUACACAAAAUUUGUUAUGCAAACUUGGGUUUAUGUUGAUUAUUUUUAUGUUGCAUUAUGAAAUCUAUUAGUCAGAUAUCUAGGUCUAUUUUCACACCAUUUACAGGUUACAAAUGCAUGAAACUUUUUUUCUUAUGCUGAAUGUAAGUCACUGCAAGUGUUGCAAAAUUUACAUUAAGGUAAGGUACAGCUAACUUUUUAACAGAAAUCUAAUUGUGAUGAUCAAGAAGUGUCACAUACAAUAAUACACAUAACUUGAACAACAUAAUGUACAAUGUAUUAAUCCAUGCCUUAUGUUUUUGAGUUAAAUUAUCUCAUCAACCAGAACUAAUUAUGUACCCUCGUAGUUUAUUUUGUUGUUGGAUUGAUCAGUUGAUUCUGUGAAUAAGUAUUUGACAGAGUGAACAUUUGGAAGCACAAAUUUAAGUACCGAUAGUUAGAUCAUUACAUUCACAGUUUUAUAUACUGAGUUUGUUGAUAGUAAAAAAAGAUUCACCACAUCCUCUCUAUAUAAACAUCCUGACUAUCAGUGUCAUGCAUUUAAUUCUGUACUUGCAUCUGAUGUGUGUUUUGUUCAGCUUUUCAUUUACAUAAAAUAUCAGACGAGUAUCCUUGUUUUUACAUUGCUUCAUGUAUUAUGAUGCCACUAGAACUCUCACUGAAAGAAGGUGAAAUAUGAAUGAAAACAUCAGUAAUGGUUGAAUUGAUUGGUAAAGUUAAGGGUUUGCAGUGUCACAUACCACCAGUUACAUGUAUCAUUAUAUUCUACUUCAAUGGCGUCCUCUAAGUAACGUCAAAGGUAUCAACGAGUGUAGUUUGUUUUUAAUGUACCUGUAACAGAAACACUUUUUGCCUCUGCUUGGGUUCUAAUCCAGGUCCGCUAGCGUGCAAGUCCAUCACUCUACCGAUCGAGCUAAAGGGUUACUCACUAGCCAGAGCUGGCAGGGAUGUCAUAUACCCGACUCUAUUAUUUUGUCCCCCUCCAAGAAAAGAGUCGUCUUCAAUUCUUCUGGGGUGCCAACACCUAUGGGGCAAGGUUAUAGAGACAAUCUCUUUCACUUUCCAAAGAAUACCCAGGUCCCAACAUGGGCGCCAAAUGUAACAGAGACACUUUUCCCCUCUGCUGGGGUAUGAAUCCGAGUCCUCUGGAAUGCAAGUCCAGCACUCCAGCAAUUUAGUUAAGGGUUAACCCAUUAGCCCGAGCUAGAAGGAAUGCUAUAUACGCGAGUCUACCACAUACUUAAUUUUUUUCUGUCAAACAAAAAACCAAGAUGGAAUAAAUAUACAUGUGGCAAUCUAGAUUUAGCCAAAUAUGUUUACAUUUUCCAGUUCAUUUGUGAUAACACUACAAAUCGAUUUUGUAAUGGAUUGUUCAAUAACUAUCCUUAUAUUAUAAAUUACAAUUGCUGGAAAUCAAAUAAGUAUUAAUUAAGGAAAUUAUUCUUUGAAUUUAUGAGUUAAUCAAAAUAUUCAGAAGUACAUGUACGUAACAAUCAAAUACGGUCGAUCGGGCGUGAUCAAAUUAAUCUUCUUUUUUAUCACUCCUUACGUAUUUGAUGGGUGUUGCUAAAACGCGGAACGGAAAACGGAACGGAAUGGAAAAUAUCAUCACGUUUAUCGCUUAAAAAGGGUAUAGACUGGCCAGAAACGAUUUACUUUGAAUUUUUUAUUUAUAUCUAAUGAAUGAUUAUCAACAUGUUGUUAUCUUAUUAAUAUUCAUAUGAAUGUCUAUCAAUUAUAGCAUUGUAUUCAUUCGGCUUUAGUUGAGUACGGAAACGGAAAAAUCAAAUGUAUACGAAUUGUGAAACAUUAACAUGAUUAAACGAGCAAAUUAGCUAUAACUUUUUACUUAUUUUUCUUAUAUGGUAUUGCUGGCAUAUCAGCGUAACGUACGCAGUUAGUGAAAGCGUUUUAUGCGUGUUUUGAGUAUUUUUAUAUUUCAAAUAUGAUGUACAUGUAUAUACUUACAUCAAAAUUGAAUUUUCGGUGUUCUAGACGAUCUUUUA